GUGGGAUGUAAUUGGAGAUGAAUUGGUUGCUAUCUAACGGAUAAAAACGGCUUCGAAGCGUUUGAAAGAAGAGCAAAAUCUUUCAAUGGCUGGAUGAAGCUACGGCAAGUUGAUAUCGAUAUUCUGCGGUUACUUCAGAACGAUCAAGAUACGUGGGCUAAAAGUGUAAAAGCCUGAGGUCACAAAGAUGGCUGAUGAUGGGGACUUCAGCUUGAUUCAGCCAUCGCUGAUCCAUCAGCUGAGGACCAUCCUUGAUCAGUACCCAGAUGAUGGACAGAUAUUGAAGGAACUCAUUCAAAAUGCAGAGGAUGCGAAUGCCAGUCACGUUAAGUUUUUGCAUGACAAAAACAGUUUUGGAACUGAACAUCUAUAUGAUGAGGAGCUCUCACAAUUUCAGGGUCCAGCACUUUUUUCACACAACGACGCGAAGUUUAGGAAAGAAGACUGGAAAGGAAUACGUCUAGUUAGCAAUAGUAUCAAAGUGGAAGACCCCAUGAAAGUUGGUCGGUUCGGCUUGGGCUUUAAGUCGGUACUGCAUAUGACAGAUUUACCAAGUGUGCUCAGCGCUGAGAAAAUUGGAUUCAUUGACCCUCAUGGAAUUUACUUCUCUGACAAACGGAACAGAAGAACCGGCAGAUGCUGGAGACUUGAUGACGAUUCUGCGGAGAUGGACAAAAUACCGGAUCAGUUUCUCCCUUUCAAAGGAAUCUUCGACUGUACCGAACAAGUAUUUUCCAACGGUUACUACGAUGGCACCCUGUUCCGUUUCCCGCUGAGGACCACACCCUCUGAUCUAUCGAAUACACUUUACACCGAGGAUAAAGUGGAGACUUUGUUUGACAGUUUUGAAGCUGAUGCUCACUUGGUUCUUCUAUUUCUUCAACACUUGGAAUCGAUUGAACUCUAUGUCCGAGAAGAGUCACAGACUAGCCCUAGAAGAACCUUUCAGGUUAGAGUUUCGGACAAAUACCUGGAAUUAGUUCGCUCUAAGAGGAAGGAGUUCCUCGGAAAGAUCAGGCCCGGGGAACUGAUGUCCCAGUCUGUUGCAGUGACUUAUCCAAUCACCAUAGAGACAAUAAAAUUCGGUGCAUCUCAUGAAACGGACCCUCUGCAGCAGUACUCCUUUCUCGUCACCAACUACUUUUGUGGAGGACAAGUUUCUUUGAACUUCAAACGGUUGAUGACAGAUAAAGAGCUAAACUACCUACCCAUAGUCGGUGUUGCCAUGCCAUUGCCUAAUGAUCCUAAAAUGCAGACACCAGAUAUCAAAGGCCACGUGUUUUGUUUUUUGCCAUUACCAGUUCCAACGAGGAGCCUGACAGGUCUGCCAGUACACAUUAAUGGUUUCUUCGCUUUGAGUCAAAACAGACGUUAUAUUAAGUCUCCAAAUGCAGAUCAAGAAGAGCGAGAACGGAUGAGUCGGCGGCAACUGACAGAUAAGUCACUGUUGUGGAAUAAGUGUCUUCUAGAGGAGGCCACACCCAAGGCAUAUGCCACCCUGAUCUUGCAAGCUAUACAAUGGGAGUCAUGUUUUCUACCAAGAUCAUCAAUUUACAAAGCAUGGCCAGACAUUGCCUGCAUUGACCAGAAGUGGACGAAGCUCAUCAAGCCUUUUUUUAGCACACUUUUACAGCAGAAUAUUGUUUACACCGAUGCAGGUUCCCGACGCUGGAUUACAGUGGAAGAAGGUAUUUUCGACCAACUCGAUAAAAGUGAAACCAAAGAAGUGCUUCUUCGACUAUUGCUGGCAGCUGCUGUGCCUGUUGUUUCUGUACCAAAACACGUCAUCACGGCCAUUACUCACUUUACCACUGUCAAGGAAGUCAAACCCAGCCUGGUGAGAUCGACCAUGAAGAAAUGUCCGUCAUGUUACAAGAACCUUGAUAGGCAUGAAAAACUUUUGCUCCUUAAUUAUUGCCUGAAAGAUGGCAAAUUUGAUUCGCUUUGUGAUUUGGAGCUUUUGCCUCUUUCCAACGGGAACUUCAUCAAAUUCACUAGUCAAUCGAAAGCUGUGUACAUCUGCUCAGCGGAACAUCCUCAAGAACUUUUUCCUGGACUAGAACAUCGUUUCUUGGAUGAAACGAUUGAUGAGACAAUCACUCAGAGGCUUGUAUCCGCAGGAAAGCAAGGAUCCACACAGUUACGAAUACUCCGCACAGAUGAUGUAAGAGCUCUUCUUCCUCAAGCACUGCCGAUGGAGUGGAGCAAGGGAAACACCGUCUCGUGGUACCCUGACGAUCCAAGUUAUAACCAUCCACCCAAAGGGUGGAUCAGGGUCGUGUGGAGAUAUUUGCAGAAUUAUUUUGCCAAUGCAGGUGAUGUUCUUAGCCUCGGUAAACUACCUCUGCUUCCACUAAGCAUGUCAAAGACACCAGUCACAUUGGCGCGACUUAGUGAACCUUCCAGCCUAGUUGUCAAACACCUUCAUGGUAAUUGCUUAGACGAAAGUUUAUCAGAUAUUCUCAUCAAGCUUGGUGUGCUGAUCAUGACCGAUUAUCCCUCAUUCAUUAGCCACCAUCCAGCCGUUUUAGGAAGAUUCGUAUAUCCACCAUCCGUUCAAGGGGUUUUGAAAGCAAUGGUGGUUUCCUCAAGUAUGAUGACUGGCGGAAAACUUCCCGAGAUUGUACGCGUUGCACUUUCGACCAAGGAAAAACGUCUCCUAAGAAUGUUUUUGGCUAACGUUAAAGAUCCACACUUGGGUCACGUGGAGUAUGAUGUUCUGCGCUCUCUACCGGUUUUUGAGACUUUUUCGAGGAAGUUCGUGUCAGCAAAGGAACUUCUGUGUGCAGCACCCCCUGAGCCACUCCCAAUUACACUGAGAAGAGACCUCAUCGAUGUUUCUCAAAACGAUUCAAUGGUGUUUGCACGUCUCCUUGGAGUUAACAUUCUAACGCCCAUCGAGCUGCUUUGUCAGGUUGUAUUUCCAGAUAUCGAGCGAGGAUGCUACUCCGAAGAAGAAAUUGACAAACUGAUGGAGCAUGUGUUGGAUCGUCAUGCGAGUGCUAUUCGCAAGAAUACCUCUUUCAAGAGGGUUUUACAGAACUUGGCAUUUGUUUCCAGGAAGAAAGGGCGAGUGAGGCCUUGUGAACUCUUUGACCCCAGAAACACCAUUAUUAAAACCCUAUUCGUCCUUGAGGAUGUGUUCCCUUCCUCCAAAUACGCUGGCCCUUCGGUACUUGUGGUACUUAAUGAGAUGGGAAUGAAAGGCGAGGAUGACGUCACCGCGACUGACCUCUAUCAAAGUGCGAUGGUGGCAAGUAAGUUUCCCAAGCAUCCAUCAUCAAAGCAGAAAUCGGGAAGAAUUUUGAACUUUCUCAACGAGGAUCCACAAAAGAUGCUGGACCUAAUUAACGGACAACCAUUGUGCAAUUUGUUGAGGACUAUUCCCUGGGUUUCAAGGAAAGAAAAGCGGCCCUCUGAUUACCCUCCCAGCCUUCCAUAUUGGAAACCAGAAAAAGAAAACGAACGAUUUUACAAGCCCGUUGAAUUAAAGAGUCACCAGUUUGUAAACCUUAUUGGAACUGUAAUGCCUGUUGUUGACGUGGAUAAAACCGAAGCGAUCAGUCAAAUUCUCGGCUGGGAUAAUGAACCCCAUGUCCUCCAGGUUGUCCGGCAUUUGGAAAUUGCCGUGAAGUGCUAUUCACAAGAACAUAAACCGUAUUACAUUGCGAUGCUGACCGAAAUAUACAGGUUUCUUCGUGAGCACUACUAUGAAGUGGGUGAGGCAUUUGACGCCACCAACGUCUUUCCUUGGGUAUGGAAUGGAGAUGGAUUUUCUUUACCUAGCCACUUACUCGCUGAAAGACCAUCCAUUGAUCUCACACCUUACAUUCAGUGUCUUCCUUUAGAAAUGAGGCCACAUAAUCGUCUAUUUAUGUACUUUGGCAUGCAGGAGGAAUGCGAUCCACCUGUUAUGGUACAGGUUCUUAGAAUGAUAAAGGCGAAGCAUGACAGUGGAAGUGUCCUGAGCCUUUCAGAAGUGAAACAGGAUCUUCAGUUACCUGUCAAUAUCUUGAACGAGUUGGCGAGUGAGGAGGAGUUAUCCGAGGAGCUUCUAGGAGACAUCCUGAUCCCAACUUAUCAAGAAGACAACUCCUGUGUUAGGCUUAAGCCCAUAGACAGCUGCAUGUAUGGAGAACAAAAUGACGACGAAGAGAUCGACUACUUUUACGUACACCCGAAUGUCCCAAAUGUAACUGCUGAGCGUCUUGGUGUGCCAAGUAUAACAAACCGGCUUCUUGAUGCUGAUGAGCUGGCUAUUGGAGAAGAGUUUGGACAAGGAGAAAAACUUACCACUAGACUUAAUCGCCUUUUGGAAGAGUACACCGACGGCCUUUCCGUUCUGAAGGAACUAAUUCAAAACGCCGACGAUGCUGGCGCCACAGAAGUGAAAUUUCUGUAUGAUGAGAGAAAGAAUGAGGAAGCAAUGACUUGCCUGAUUGACGAUGGAAUGAAGGGUUGCCAAGGCCCCGCGUUGUGGGUUUACAAUGAUGCAACAUUUAAGGAUGAAGACUUUGAGAACAUUACAAAAUUGAACGAAGCAACGAAACAGCACGACACCGAAAAGAUUGGCAGAUUUGGACUGGGCUUUAAUGCAGUAUACAAUUUAACAGAUGUUCCCAUGUUCAUAAGCAGAAACAACUUUGUGAUUUUUGAUCCUCAUACGUCGUAUCUCGGGAAGGCUCUAAAGAACAAAACAAUGCCUGGAAUCAAGAUUGAUGUCAACAAAGAUGUGAUGAUGCUUCGUAAAUUUAGAAAUCAGUUCAAACCGUUCAAUGGCAUAUUUGGCUGUGAUUUAAAUCUAGAAAAAAAGGACAACUCGUUCAACGGAACUCUGUUUCGAUUUCCGUUGAGAACAGUUGAGCAGGCUUUGAAAAGUGAGAUAAAGAAGCUGGCGUAUGACGACAAACAAAUGAGAGAGUUACUGCUUAUGCUGAUUAAAGGAGCCGAAACCUUACUUCUCUUCACACAGAACGUUCUCCGGGUGAGCAUUUUUUCUUUGACCACACCUGAAGCUCAAGACGAAACAGUCAAAUUGACGUUUAAGAUCACCAAAUCAUUGUCUCAGAAAGGAAUAGUAAGAUCCUUGUCCGUCCCUGUUUCCCUUCCUCCCACCGCGAACAUUUUGAACUCUGAUGACCAGAAUUUAUUGAAGCAAUGCAGUUUCCUCCACGCGUCCUCGCCAGUUGUUCGAACAUUUAGGACGGGAAAAAGAAUGCAAUUGAUAAAGUCCUCUAUGAAGAUCAACGUCCACUGUGUUUUCACGGAAUGUGGUCUACGUUUCUUUAAACCUGACGUGGAAACCGUUCAUUCCCAAUGUACAACCUGGUUUGUAGUCUCCUCCAUGGGAGAUGGACUUGCACUGAACUUUGCCAAGAAUGAUUUUAGCCUUCUUCCAUCAGGAGGGGUAGCUGUUCAGCUAAUUGCAAGCGGUGCCGAAAACUUUGUGCCUGUGCCUGUUUUUAAGAAGGAUGAUGGAAUCGAUGUCAAUGGUACUCUUUUCUGCUACCUUCCACUCCCAAUCCAUAGUGGCCUUCCAGUACAUAUUAAUGGUGCCUUUGCAUUAACUGCAAACAGACGCCAUUUAAAAAGAAAACUCGAAGGCGACAAAGAAUGUUAUGGGGUUGACUGGAAUAAAGUGCUGAUGUUAGAUUCCAUCUGCUCAGCUUAUUUGUGCCUCCUUGAAGACCUGAAGUCAAUUGCUCCAACUGAAGGAUCUUAUAGGUUCCAUUCGUUGUGGCCAAAAGCUGAUGAGGUAUUCUCAAACCUCGGGCAUCUCACGAAGUCAUUUUACACAAAGAUAUCCUCUGGAAGUCACGCUUUGUUUUCUGAUGGACAGAACUGGUUUUCUAUCAAUGAGGUGGUAUUUCUUCAUCCCCUUGUUCGAAACGAUCCUUCCAUUGGCGAUACUUCAUUGAAAGUUUUCCAGCUUUUGAUGAGUGAACGUGCUGUGGUUGAUGAUAUGCCUAUUUCCGUCCUAAACUCUUUCCAAAUCUGUGGAUGUGGGGAAGUGAUUAACUCCCGAAUCUACGACAAAAAUAGAUUUUUUCGUCAACUCUUCUUCCCAAACAUAUCUGCAGUACCCUCAGAGAUGAGAGAUUUGCUCGUAUUGCAUGCAAUGGAUAACAAUUGGGAUGACUUAGUCCAAGUCCAUUCUUGUGUUCCGGUAUCCCCACUUGGAGAAGCUCUAAGACGUCCUUCUGAUCUUAUUCACCCAGGCAAAGAUGCAGCUCGUCUCUUUCUGCCAGAAGAUGGAAGAUUUCCAUAUGGAAAUGCAGAGACCUUUCUGAAUCCUAGACGACUUGCAAAGCUUGAGCUUUUGGGAAUGGCAUCGGAUCAUCUUCCUUGGAUGGAAGUGGCAGAAAGAGCGGAAAGUAUCCAUAGACUAAAUGCAGAAAACAGUGUAGCAGCUUUAACAAGAGUGAAGGAAUUUUUAGGAUUUCUAGAGAGGAAGAUAAGGUACCUGGAUGAACCACCACCAGACGCCAUAAGAAAACGAAUACUGGAGGCUCGAUUUAUUCCCGUUCUCAGGAAACCAGUGAACUUUCCUCUUAAAUGGAAAAGCGAGGAGUACGAAAAUCAUGCAUUACUCGCCCCAAAAGAUGUCUACACGGAAGACGAAAAAUAUCUUUUGUGCUGCACAGAACCACUGAUCGGGGUGUUUGUCUCUCGAAAUGUCAAAGUGUUACUGAAGCUUAACAAGAAGCACGCGACGUUAAACCAUGUAUUAUGGCAACUGAAACACGCGUUGUGUUGUAGUGUUGAAUCUUUAGAGGUCAGUGCCAUGGAGGAGAUAAACACAGUAUGCAAAGCAGUGUACUCAUACCUACAGAACGCAAUUUCAAGUAACGAUGCAGCUGUAAAGAAAUUUUUAAAAGACAAGAGGUUUAUCCUUUGCGAAAGAAAGUUCCUCCACGCUGGCCAGGUGGCUUUUCAUUUGAGUGAUGACUGUUCACCUUAUCUUUAUCAGCUUCCAAAACGAUUAGCAGUGGACUUGCCAAAGCUAAUGAGACUUGCUGGUGUCAGGGAAUGCUUUGAAGAGGAAGAUUUUAUUUCAGGUCUACAGCAGAUAAGAGGGCAAUUUUCUGAGAACGAGUUAGACGAAGAAAACCUUAGAAUAGCAGUGCGUCUAGCGAAUCAACUGGGAGAAACAUUAGGAGCAAAUGGGAGUAAUCCUGCUCUGUUAGAAGAUUAUUGGGGAGCCAUUUACCUUCCUGACACAAGGGGAGUGAUGACGGCAGUAUCCGAGCUUUGUUUCAGGGACUGCCUCUGGAUGCCUGACGAAGAAGUAGUGCGUUUUGUUCAUUCCAGAAUUCCUUUGUCAAGCUGUCAGGUACUUGGUGUUAAAACUCGACGAGAAGAGGCAUUGCGGAAUCAUAUGACCAGAAUCUCCUUUGGACAGAAAGAGAAACUUACAAAUCGCCUGAAACGCAUUCUGCAGUGCUACCCCUGCGAAAAGGAAAUUUUGAAAGAGCUUCUUCAAAAUGCUGACGACGCACAGGCAACCGAGAUUUGUUUCAUAAAAGACCCGAGAGACCAUCCAAAUGAAAAAGUGUUCGAAGAUUGUUGGAAACCUCUACAAGGCCCUGCUUUGUGUGUGUACAACAACAGGCCUUUCACCAAUGACGAUCUUGAAGGUAUUCAGAAUCUCGGCGAGGGAAGUAAGGGUGAAGAUCCGAACAAAACUGGCCAGUAUGGGGUAGGCUUUAAUGCUGUUUAUCACUUGACUGAGGUUCCAUCCUUCGUUUCACAGGGAGAAGAGAUUGGGGGUCUUUUGUGUGUAUUCGACCCACAUUGUAAGUAUCUUCCAGGUGCCACGGCUUUAGAACCAGGAGGUAGGUUCAACGAUACAGCAACCCUCAGGAAGUAAUUCCCUGAUGUAUUUCCUUGCUACUUGUUAGAUCACUUUAAGAUUGACAACGCAACCAUGUUCAGAUUCCCGCUGAGGACCGAAGAGAUGGCUCGCGAAUCGAAAAUUACCUCAAACUCUGUGUCCUUUGAAGAACUGGAUGUUAUGAUAAAGGGGCUUAAAAAAGAAUUGUUUGAGGUUCUACUCUUUGUGAACAACGUCAGGAAGAUAACCCUUUGUGAAGUUGAUAAAGCAAAUGGCAAAUUAAUGAAUUCCUAUACAGUUGAAGCAUCUUUGUCAAAAGAAGAUGAAGGGUAGAGAAAAGCAUUUGCUGAUCACAUCAAACAGAUUGGAAAGCUUCAAAAGGAGAGGGGAGGGAUUGAUCCAAGAGAGAUACCGGUAAAAAAGGUUUCUUACGUCUUGGACAUAACAGACACCAAUGGAAACGCAGAAAAGUGGCUAAUUGUGCAAAAAGUUGGUUUUGAAAAACAUGUAGAAGAAAGUAUCGUGAACGCUUUUAGGAAGCAAGAGCUGGGGAUGCUUCCUCGCGGUGGUGUUGCUUGUCUUUUAGAGAGACAUUCCAAGUAUUCUCUCCCAAGACAAAAGAAAGGCUAGUGUUUUCUACCUCUUCCUCUUGAGACAAACCUUCCAGCUCACGUAAAUGGUCACUUUGCCUUGGACCACGAGGCUAGAAGAAGCUUGUGGAGGGAUGAAGGGGAUCUUGGAGGAUAUCGAAGUGACUGGAACAAUUCGCUUUUGAGAGAUGUCGUUGCGUCAUGUUACAUCUCAAUGUUGUUUGAAGUGCCGAAGUUCCUUAAACUGCCCACAACCCAAGACCCAAGCCCUCAAACUGAAUGCGAGAUCAUGAACAAGAUAAAGGUUUACGAAUCAUAUUUUCCCAGUAAAAUACCCUAUGACAAAUACUGGAAAACUCUGGUUGAUUCUGUCUAUCAAGAAAUGAAUAAGAUGAAAGCAAAGAUUCUACCAGUGGUUAGAAAGAGAUCCCUUGAUGUUGCAUCGAAAAUUACCGAAGAAAGAGCAUCUGCUGAGAUAACUUGGCUUCCACCGACUGGUAUUGGGAAACGUCAGGCAUUUUUUGACGAUCUUUACGUAAACGGGCCGUUUGCAGUAUCAUAUGAAAAGGAUCAAGAAGAGAAUCUAGUAAAACUCCGACAGAUGUUGAGGUAUAUCUUACUUGCAAGUGGUUUUAACCUGGUAGUCUUUUCGUUGGCACUACAUAAUUCUUUUCAGCGAGCUGGAGUUACGACGUGCUGCGUUUCGCCUCGGAAGGUCAUUGAUUUCUACUCAACGUUUUGUUCUUGUGAUCGUUUAUGCACGAUUGGACCAAUUCCUUGUGACGUUCAGGAAACAUCAUUAAAAAGUGUUCUUGGGGUAACGAAAAUGUUGCUGUAUUGCAGAAAUGAUGAGAACUUUCUGGACGCGUUACCUGGUCUCCCUCUCCUACUUACACAAGACCAACGUCUUCAGUUGUUUUCAAAUGAAGAUCCCAAGUUUCUCUCACGAUACAAAGAUCUUCUGUCAGGAUCUCCAGACAUAUUCCUGCAUGAUAAAGUUGACAUGAAUGUUUUUCGUGGUUCUGAUAACAUCAGUUUGCCCUGUCUAAAGCCUCUGGAUGCCAUCUCAUUUGCUGGCAACCUACCAAGGACACUAUCAUUGGAAAUAUAUGGAAGCGGAAGGUUUAUUGAGUGGUCCCCUAAUCAGAGAGAAAUACCCAACCAGGGGUGGAUGUUUAAGGCUUGGAUUUUCCUUUCCGAGCUCGUAAAAGGUGUUCUGAAUGAUGGUAAAAGUGAUGAAGAAGGCAAGGUUCACCAGGUCCAAACAAUGCUUAAGCCCUUACUGGACUGGAGCAUUCUUCCAGUUACAGAGACAAAGGAAGAAAGAGGAAAGUCACUAUGGGCUAUAUUUUCUCCUAUACGCACACCUCCACCUACUAAACAUUAUCUGCUGCCUUUAGGAAAAGCAGCAUUCGCUAUCGAUUUCAGGUCUGCGGAUUCCUCAAGCCUGAAACUUGUUGAUGUCUUGCGAAGGGUCGGUUUGCCUGAACUGAACCUAAGUGUUAUCCAAGCUAACAGCGCACAUAGCUCUCUGUCUUCAAACUCAGUUAGCUUAGCCCGCAUGCUUGUAUCAUCUUUGAAGUCUCCCUCGUCAAUUCUUAUCUCACUUAACCAUAAGAUGGCAUUAGACCGGCAGUCACUGGAAGGAAGAUUGGAACGACAGGAAUGUCUUUCAGUCCUAGAAUACUUCAGCAGAAGUGUAGGAUGCUUAAGAGAUGAAGACAGAGUGACGUUGAGAAGACUUCCUUUUUAUCUGGCAACCCACGGUGGUUUUAUAGGACUCGAUGAUCGUGAGGUGUACGUCCUACCAGGUGGAAUACCACGAAACGAAAUGAACCUUCUUGAGAGUGAGCUAAACAUAGUGUUUCUGGAAUUCCGAUCAAGUAUUUCUGAGCUAUUUAAAUUCCUUGCACUGAAAUGCUUCUCGGCUGUUGAUUUCUAUUGUACUUUUAUUCUACCCAAUAUCUCAGUCUUCAGCAAAGAGGGAAGAGAGUCUCACCUGACCUACAUCCGUAAAACGAUUUUGGAAAAUGCAGAGGAUGAUGAAAAGGAGAAAUUGCUAAAUUGUCUGAGAGAUACUCCUCUUGUUCCCUGGGCAAAUGGAAGUCUGAAGACUGCAUCUUGUUUUUAUGACCCCAGGAACAGCGUUUUUAGAAUCAUGCUUCAGGUCAACUUGUUUCCAACGCAGCCUUUCGACUCAUCUGAAUGGCUGAAAUUUUUGAAAAACAUAGGCCUCGUUUGUGUCGUCUCUAAAGACCAUUUUAGGAAAUUUGCUACAGAAGUUGCGCGCGAGGCUGCAACAGCUCCCAAUGAUAGUACGUGCGAGAAAUCUAGAGUGUUGGUCGAUCAUCUCAUGAACCGAACAAACGUAAUUGCUGAAGGAUUGCUGGACAGUAUCUCCGACAUCCCGUUUGUAGCCGGGGACCCAGUCAAAGAAAGUUUGCAAGAAAUUUGCCUGUCAUUUGGAGGCUACACAGGUCAUCAGACACCUUAUUUUUCCUUCCAUGGAGCAGUUCCCGCCGAUCAUUCUGAAAUAGUCUGGACUAAAGCACAUUUACUUCCACGGUGGGCUAAUCCAAAGAAUCGUUUUUCAGAUCUUCGAAAGGCCUGUCCUCCAAACCUUGAUGUAAACAGAUACUGUAAUGCUUUUAUCUCACAGCUCCAGAUUCAGGACACGCCUACAGUGGACCUUGUGGUCGGCCACUGCCAGAAGAUAUGUUCACAGGUUGGAAAUAACAGCGAAAGAACAAGUGCGUCGAGAGAACGAUGUUUAACUUUAACUGAAGUAAUGGAACGUAUCUACUCAUUCCUGCAAACCAACAACAUCGAGAGGAGUGAUGCAAAGAAAGUCUUAGAGGAUACACCUUGUAUUUUGGUGGAAAGUGGAAAGAAAUUCAUUCUGCCACGCCAAGCAGUCCUUGAGCUCUACGAGCACUUGCAGAUUAGGCCAUUUCUCUAUAGAAUUCCUAUGGAAUUCGGUAAGUUCCGUAGUUUGUUCCAGAAUCUUGGCUGCUCAAAAUCUGUCACCAUAGUUCACUAUGCCAUGGUGUUGGACCUGCUGCAUAAUAAGUGCCAAAGUUCGAAGCUGGACCCGAAUGAAGUAAAGGUGUGCAUUAAGGCAGUCAAAGGAGUUUUUGAUAAGCUUCAGCAAGAUGAUAAGGAAGUGAGUGCCAUAUCCCAGCUUUACUUACCGGGCGUUUCUCCCGCACGCAUAGAGACGGAUGGCAGUACUAAUGUGAUACCUCUCAAUUUGCACACGUCUUCAGAGCUGAUUUUCAAUGAUAUGUCGCCCGCUAUCCGUGAUCGAUUGUAUAAUUUGAGACAGAAUCUCUUGCUCGACCCACGCCGGAUGAAUGUAUCUAGCAUCAAUGCCAGAACCAACUACAAAGAGCUCAUGAUGAAGUUACCAGAAUCGCUGAGGCCAAAACUGCUAUCCUCUGUUGUCAAAGAAGAUAUCAGCUCGCCAAGUUUUGAAACUAUGGCGAGUACUGCAAUAACCAAACUUAAGCAGCAGCUUUCGUCCCCACAGUUCUUUCAUGGCAUUGUGAGGCUAAUCCGACACGAGAGCUGUCGCCUGAAAAGAAAUGUUGAUGACACCGUGAUUGAAAGUAUUAAGAAAAGGCUCUGCGCCAUCGGGCUUUAUGCCGUAAACAGCCUCAAGACCUCACUCUUUUGUGACGGAAAUCCUAUAUCCGAGAGUGAAGCAGAAGUUCCAUACUUCGUGAACAAGGUUCUAGCCUCAGAUGAAGAAAUUUCCAAGGUAUACAUCAAUGUCGCGACAGGAACGAUCACGCACACCAAGACAAUAUUGUUGGUGUCUGGCGUGGUCAGGGAACUAUGUUUUGGACUUCUUGGAGAAAGUGCGUUAUUGAUUUCCCAUAUGUUGAGCUGUUCCCUGAACGACAUAAUGUCCCUGCUUGAUACUAUGGGUGUACGACCAGAUGACUCUCUCCUUGUAGAAGAAGAAGAAAUUCUGCCUGAGCCAGGUAGCUUUAUUCCUCAACAAGACCACCACCUUUUGAAUGACGACUUUGAAGAAUUCGAACCAGGCGAUUAUGUGGGCUUUGAGCUGCAUGACCCAAGUCUGGAUAGAGAAGGAGGAGAUGCCACCUAUAUAUACGCUAUAAUUAUUGAAGAAGUAACGAGUGAACUCAACAGCCGCCUGGCAAGGCGUUACAAAAUCAACAUCGGAAAUGGCCAAGAAACUAUUGUAGAUGCUACGGAUUUGUACAAAUUCCACCGUUUAACCGAGACAUCUUCAUCUGCCGUAGUCCUGUGUGAUAAGCCUAGGCAGCUCCCUAACUCAAGAAGCAGACAAGGAAUUUUCGAAGAGAUCUCAGACCUUCUGGAGGAGGCGUGGAUACUGCCAGAGGACAAAAGACGAAAAAUAAUCAAGCGGCUGUAUUUGCGGUGGCACCCCGAUAAAAACUUAGGCGAUGAGGAAUUCUGCACAGAGGUAUGUCAGCACAUACAGAGCGAGGUUUCACGGUUGGAAAGAGGGGAGCCGCAGGGUAGCCAAACCUCAAGCUUUGAAGCUGGAAUUCGAGAAGGGUCUUACAGCAGCUUCUUUACUUCAUGGGCUGGGCGUGCAAGGGAACAUAACACGCAGCGCCAGGGAUACAGAGGAAGACCACGACACCAUAGAAAUAAUCCUCAACCAGGGGAGGCUAGGCGUUGGUUCAAACAAGCGGUUGCUGAUAUCGAGGCAGCAAACAAUGAUAUCCUUUGCGAGAGACCCUCGUAUGAGUGGGCAUGCUUUAAAUGUCACCAGGCAGCAGAGAAGGCUUUGAAGGCGGCACAGUAUACAAUAGAUACUGACAGGACAAGGGUCCACAACCUAGUAGAAAUUUGCUGCGAUCUAAAUGACCCUGAGCUAUCAAAUCUAGCAAGACGAUUAGAGUGUCUAGUUGGCGAUUCUACACGCAUGCGUUAUCCAGACAGAAUGUGUUUUCCCCAGAUUCCGAAUGAGGUGUACUCUAUUCAGAUGGCCCAGGAGGCCUUGCAGCUUGCUAAGAAAAUUGUUGCACGCGUACAGAGCAGGAUAACUUAAGGAUCAAUCUGGUUAGGAUUCAAUGCAAGGACAGCUUUUAGCAUGGUUGUUUAAUGAUUUUAGCUUCUGCCUGCAAUGUGACAACCAUUUCGUGCAUCUUCUAAAACUAGCGUUAUUUUGAUCCCGACCGUACAACUUGUCUCUAUUGGUAACGCCCUCGAUUUAAAACGUCCCUUUUUUUAAGGCAGAAUUUUUAAAAGUAAGUUUUAAAAUAGAUCCUUAUCUGCUUUGUUUGAGAUCAGGUUAGAUCAAAAUCGAUUUUUUUUAUGUAACUCUAGAGUACUCAACUGGUGGUAGGUGUGUUCAGAGCUGGGUGGAAAGCCCUUUUGAAGAUAGAUAUCUUUCAUUAUGAGUUUUAAAUUUAAGAUAUUUCUUUUCGAAAUUGUCUAGCCUCGAAACUUUUAAUGUGCAUCUUUAGAAACGUAAGUAGACUAAAAUGUAGCUAGUAUCACACAAAGUUUGUUAAGGAAACUUCAAAGUAAUAGAGGGAUCUACCGUUAAGGUGGUGUAAAAUUAAUUUGAAGAUUAGUUCCUCGGUGGAUGGAUGGUUAUGCCAUUCCCUUGAAAAUAAACUCAUUUCAAUUGCUCAA